GUAUAUUAUAGUAUAUUAUAAUAGUAUAGCUUAUAUGUAUAAUAAUUAUUUUUAUUUAUAAUAAUAAUUUUUAAUAGUAUAGCUUAUAUGUAUGGGAACAAGUCGAAAGUUGUGGAUUGGAAACAUUGAUAAAGACGUCUCACAGUACCAACUUUUGCAAUUGGUCAAGACUUGUGGAGUUGUCAAACUCUUUGAUUUUGUUUAUCACACUUCAGGUCCAUUAAAAGGGGAACCCCGUGGUUUUUGUUUUAUUCAGUUUGAAAAAGAUGCUGAAGCCAACCGUGCCUUAGUUAAGUUAAAUGGUCUUCAAUUGCAAAAGUCUUGUUUAAAAGUAGACUGGGCCAGAGAUAAUGAACAACUAGAACAAAGUGAACAGUGUGUCUCAUCUACCGUAGUUUUAACCGCUGUUGAAAGAGAAACACAAAUCAAAGCUUUGGAAAGAAAAUUAAACAGUCUAGCUAAAAGUAACGAUGAAAAUGUUAAACGUCAUCCGGUUCUCAAUCGCAAAGAAGUUUUACAUCCACAAGAUAAAAGGAUUAAAAAAAAACCCUACGAUCGAUAA